AUGAAUAGUCAAUUUAAGAUUAUAAUAAAUUCGGUAGUGAUUAGGAGUCUUUUGUUUAGUUAUGUAAAAGAAAUCAAUAAAAGAAUCAUUGAUCAAACAAAGUUAAGGCUAUUUACUUGGUUAGAGUUAUGUGAAGAGCCAUCUCAAUUAUUGGAGUAUGCUUAUUUCGAUCAGUUUUUUAGUUCGUUAUCAGUGUUGGAGAGAGAAGAAUAUGAGAAUAGAUAUGCUAUUUUGGCAUAUACAUCAUUGAUGAGUAAAGCACUUGGGAAGUGUCGUUACCAGGAUCAAGACAAAUGGGUCUAUCACAUUGUAGACAACUAUUCAGAGUAUAUAGAUGAGUUGGUGUUGGCUGAUCGAUCAUUUAAUCGUAAGAGUAUUGAAGAUGCAUGUAAAGCAGGUGAUAUCGAGACUAUCAGAAGAUUGGCGAAUGCUGGUGAAGAAAGUUAUGGUGGUUCAAUCUUUAUUGAAUCAAACUUGGUUGAGGCAGCAUCUAAUGGACAUUUGGAGACUGUUAAAUUCCUAAUGGAGAAUUCGGAGGAUCGAAUUGAUGCCUAUACUGCCUAUGGAGUAGCGAUAUCCAAUGGUUAUACCGAUGUUGUGUUAUACCUUUAUGAGCAUGGUGCAAUCAAAGCUGAUCUGGUAGAAGAUUCAAUUGGUGAAAUGGAUGUCAAAUGUAGUGAUACAAAGUUGAUAGACCACCUAUUCGAUACCAAAUACUCUGAUGCACUUGGAUAUGUUAUGUAUGCUGCAAUGAAAAGUGGAAGAAUAGAUCUGGUGAAAUACUUGGUCAAAGACAAACAUUUGGAGCUAGAUCAGCAGGCAAUUGACAUUGUUGGUGAAAAUGGUGAUUUAGAGUUGCUGCGGUUUUGUUAUGACAACAGUAGUUAUAGAUUAUCUAGUGAUGCGUAUAAUCAUGCAGUUCGAGUUGGUAACAUGAAGAUGUUGAAAUAUCUCCACGAAAACUGUAAUGAUAUCCAAUGUUCAUAUAAAGUAGUAAUGGAAGCGUUUGAAAAUUCACAAUUUGAAGCAUUGGACUAUCUUACUAGUAACAGACAGGAGCUCAUGAGAAAAGAAUGUUUGGAGUAUGCAAUCCAAUACAAUCAUUUACCUUUGGUAAAAAAGAUCAUAAACACUUUCAUUGAAGAAGGAUUCAGUGAUUGGGAUGAUAUUUUGUCGCAUCCAUUCGAUAGAUAUGCAUUGGGGUACGGUUAUAUCGAAAUGGUCAGAUAUCUAUACAGUGUAUAUCCAGCAGUUUUGACGAUAUUGGGAAUCAGUAUUAUCAUUCAAAAUGGAUACAUUGAAUUAAAAGAUCUUUAUAACGUUUUCCAAAGCAAGAGUUCGGGUUUAUCACUCUCUACGAGAGUGGCACAAGCAUGUUCCUUCGGACAAUUGGAGUUUCUAGAGUAUAUUCUGGAAACCGACACUAACCAUUCGGAGUUGGAUUGGAAUCUUAAUCUUUCAAUGGCAGUUGAAUCAGGAUCCGUUAAUAUGGUUAAAUGGAUAUACGAGACAAAGAAAAACUUGUUAAGUCAACAAAGAACAGAAUUAGUUUUCAAAUCUUCUUGUAUAGAAGAGAACCUCCCAAUGGUUCAAUAUCUUUUAGAUAAUCAACCUUUAUUACCAUAUAAAAUUAUUCAUAAUAUUGUAAAUGUCGGUCACAGAAUGGAUAUGGUUCGUUGUCUGGCAGAUGCGUUAAGGAGAAUAGUUGAAAGCGAUCCAGAAAGAAAAAAUCUCCGUUGUCCAACAUGUCAAUUAUCACUUGAAUUUGCUCGUUUGUUGGAGAAUUCCAACUUCAUGGCAAUGCACUAUCUCAAUGAACUGGCCAGUAGUUGUAAUCAUGACGAAGCAUAUUUUAGGGAAAACGAACUCAUGGAGAAAGCCGUAUCUAAUGGUAAUCUGGCAGCGGUCAGAUUCAUCGACAAAUACAAUCUUUCAAUGGACAAUCACUCUGGAAUGGAUUACGCCGCAGAGUUUGGACAUAUCUCAAUCAUGAAGUUUCUUCAUUCCACAGGAGCUCAAUGUUCAAGUGAUACUUUCGACACUGCAGCCAAAAACAAUCACUAUGAAAUCUUGAAAUUCCUCUAUGAAAAUCGAACUGAAGGACCUGUUUCCUCAGGUCUUGGCAAUUUCAAUAUAGAUCAAGAAAUCAUUGAUUUUAUCGAAGGACAUGAGAGAAAGCCGUUUAAACAAACCAAAAGAAACAAAAAACAAAAAACUAAUUAUUGA